CAUAGACCUCGGUUGAAAUUGUCACUUCGGUUCUCGUGUUGUGACAUGGUGUCGAACACAAACCACGAGUUAUUGUUAAAGGUACGGCGCAAUCAAUUCUUGUGCUAAUAUAUGAAAAAUGAAAGUUAAAGUGAUCACAAGGAAUCCGGACAAGUAUGUCCGCGAAACGAAGCAAGACAUUCACAAAUGUUUUCGCAAUUACAACCGCGAAUUACACCCGUUCCAAAGCACCCGAGAGUACGUACGUGCUUUGAAUGCUACCAAACUGGAACGUGUUUUUGCGAAGCCGUUCGUCGGGAAUCUGGAUGGACAUCGGGAUGGCAUUGCCGUAAUGGCGAAGAGUUAUUCCAACCUAGCGCUCAUUGCAAGCGGCUCAUACGACGGCGUGGUGAAGAUAUGGUAUGUGGCAAACAAAAAGUGUUUAGCGAGCAUCAAUGCUCACGCUGGCUACUGCCGGGGAAUUGCGUUCUGCGACGACGGAAGCAGAAUACUCACCAUUGGAGAUGAUAAAAAGAUAAUGACAUGGAGCUGCGACUUUGAUCAAGAGCACGAACCACCCAAGCCAACUAAUAUGAUCAUAACGAAAACGGUGCUAGCCUCUCUGACGCACAGUUUCGAUGGUCCGUGGUACGCAACCAGUGGUGAAACCUGCCACAUAUGGGACGAAAGCCGCAAUGAACCGCUGAAGGAGCUGAAGUGGGGCGUCGAUUUGCUGCAAGAUAUCAAGUACAACCCAAUAGAAACAUCCCUUCUCGCAGCUUGCGGUUCUGAUCGCGGGAUCAUUCUAUACGACCAGCGUGAAACGAAACCUGUUCGGAAGAUAGUAAUGACGUUGCGCUCGAAUCAGCUUUCAUGGAAUCCUAUGCAAGCGUUCCAUUUCACCGUGGCCAAUGAGGACCACAAUCUGUACACCUAUGACACCCGUCAGCUAACGCACCCUUUAAAAAUACAUCACGGCCACGUCGGUUCCGCGACAUCGGUCGAUUAUGCUCCCACCGGCCUGGAAUUUGUGUCCGGAAGCUACGAUAAAACCAUCCGCAUAUUUGAUGCUGCAAAGGCAAACAGCAGGGAAGUGUACCACACGAAACGAAUGCAGCAUGUAACUUGUGUCAACUGGAGCAUGGAUAAUAAGUUCAUAUUCUCCGGUUCCGAUGAAAUGAAUGUUCGCGUAUGGAAAGCAAACGCGUCAGAAAAACUUGGCGCGCUACAGACACGCGAAAAGAAUGCUUUCCGCUACAACACGGUGCUCAAGGAGAAGUAUGCUGCACAUCCAUCGAUCCGGCGCAUAGCUCAACACCGGCAGGUGCCUAAAAUGGUGUACAACGAGCAGACGAAACACCGUGCUGUCAAGCAAAGCGAGAAAAGAAAGGAAGAAAACAGACGACAAAACUCGAAACCCGGCACCGUACCGUACGUACCAGAAGCAAAGAAGAAAGUUGUCAGCACAGAGCAGUAGUACAAAUGCUGUCGCAUACGUUCGAUUAAUAAAACUGUGUUGUAAAUUUACUUUAA